AUAUAUCUUCAUAUUUCUUUCAGGUGCUACAUGCAAAAAGAAGAAACUCAAGAAGAAAAUGAAGAAAAGAAACUCGAGAAAGGACUCAAUUGAAGGAAUCAAAAGAUCUUCUCUUCCAGAACCAGCUUCCUCCCCCCCUUGCGUGCUGCACCCGAGCUUGCACCCUGCUGCGCCCCCUGUUUGCACUGCUGCGCCCUCCUACUUACUGCAAUCACCUGUGUCCUGCUUGCUGCGCCAAUCUCGUGCCUCUGCACUCUUGCUUGCUACACCCCUGUCCUUGCCUCACCUACAAAAAAAAAGCGCAUACCAGACAAAAUCGGCAUCAUCUUCGUCCUUUGCUUUUGCUGCAGAGAUCAAUGAUUGACGGAAGAAGUUUUUAUUUUAUUUUAUUUUAUUUUAUUAUUUGGGUAUAUAUAUAGGAAAAAAUCAGAUCAAAUGGGGGGGGGUCUUUGGUUGAUUUUCGAGUUUGAUUUGGGAGUCUCCAUCUAGUUUUUGAGAGUAGUAGAGGGAGACUUCGAGGAGGAGAAAGGGGGAUUUUUGCUUGAUUGAGUGUGGUGUUGACGGUGCAGAAGAUGAAAGGUUUUUUUUUUUUACUGGAAGGAGACUGUUUGAGAAAGGAGAUUGUCAAGUUGCAAGAGGGAUUUAAUCUUUGGUUCCCAUUGUUAGGUAUAGCUCUGAACGUAGGAUUUUUGUUAGGAAAAUGGUGAAGGAGAUGGUGGAAGCUUGAUCCCGUGGGUGGGGUUCAUUCUAUCAGAUCCAGAUCUGUUUUUCUUUCAAAAAUCCACCGUCUCUGUUUUUAUUUUGUGGGUGUUUGUUUCUUUUUAAGAUUCGAUGUUAAGAUUGUGUUUCGUUAGACAAUGAAUGAAAAAUCAAAAAAAAUUGUUCAG